CCGCUGUCGACGAAUCUAGACGGCAGAAGAAAUCGUUCUAGUCCCUCACCGGUAGAAACGUGACACAAGGAUGUUUGCCAUCUGGUUCGUGCUAAGCGUCCCCGUCAUGCUCGACGCAGUGACGGCCGAGCAGAAAGGACGUCCAGACAUCCUUCCAUUUUCGUUUUCCAAAAACUCGGCCAUCGGUCGGAAAUCUACGGUGACGUGCGUUGUGUCCGAUGGCCUGGGUCCGUUUCGAUUUCUCUGGACCAAGGAUGGGAAAGCCAUCAAGAAUAUUGCUGGAAUACACGUCCAGACCCUGACAGAAAGCAUAGCCGCCAUGACGAUCGAAAGCGUCGCUGCAGAUGAUCUGGGCAACUACACCUGUACCGUGUACAACGAUGCUGGAAGCAGCAGCUAUUCCGCGACACUCGCUGUGGAAGGAUACUGA